AUGGAUCCCGCCCAAAACUUUAGAUCCCUUCAAGAGCAGGUCUCUUCCGCUCUUGUCGCAACGACGAGGACAACAGGGCAAAUUGCUGCAGAGGAUCUCCCGUUUCAACGGUCGUUGGAUGCGAAUAUUGCUUCCUCAUUGGAUGAACAAAAGUCUCGUUUCCUUAAACUUGCCGAAAAGCUUGUUAAUUUCGCCGCUUCGGGUUCAGAAAUUGAUGCUCCACAACUUGAAGACGCAGAUGCCUUGGAGAACAACUGGCGAGGUGUGGUGGACGUGAUAGACAGCCUCCUGGAGAGGGCCGACACCUGUUUGGACGAAUAUACGGGAGUAAUCAAGAGACUCAGUCCGAGCGAACAGGAGCGGCCACCGACGCCAAAGCCAAAGAAGGCACGAACAGGAAACGUAUUUAGGACGCAGAACAUCCCAAAGCCGCAGUUGCUGUUUGAAAACGUUCCGACCAAUGCCGAGAGUACUGCGUUUAAGCCUCUCUUAAAUGCGAAACCGCAUGCCAUAGUUCCUUUGGAGCAGAGCCUGACGACUUUUGUCAAUGAAUAUGGCCUUGAACAAUACAAGCAUCCAUACGAAGCCGAAAUCAAAGAAUGCCAAUACCCUCCUAGUGUGUACGAUCAAGUAGAGCCGAUUCCGUAUCGUUCAUUCGAAGACACUGCGGCGACCUUUGUCGAUACACCUGAGGCUGUGGCUGCUAUGCUUGCUGAGCUAAAGAACGCAAAGGAAAUCGCUAUAGAUUUGGAACAUCAUGAUUCGCGAUCAUACGUAGGCAUUGUCUCUCUUAUGCAAAUUAGCACGCGGGACAAAGACUGGGUGGUUGAUACGUUGAAACCUUGGCGGAGAGACUUGCAAGUACUGAACGAGGUUUUUGCGGAUCCGAGAAUUGUCAAGGUUUUCCAUGGUUCUUUCAUGGACAUGAUCUGGCUCCAGCGAGACCUGGGGUUGUACGUCGUUGGACUCUUUGACACAUAUCAUGCCGCCCGGGCUCUUGGAUUUCCCAAACAGAGCCUUGCUUACUUGCUGUCAAAAUACGUGGGUUUCGAUGCCGACAAACAAUAUCAAAUGGCGGAUUGGCGCAUCCGGCCGCUCCCGGAAGAAAUGUUCAAUUACGCUCGGUCUGACACGCAUUUCCUCCUUUACAUCUACGACUGUUUAAGGAAUGAGCUCAUUGAGAAAACUCGUCGAAAAGAAUUGGAGCAGCAUUGCAUUCAAGAUGUGCUUCAACGGUCCAAGGACUACGCCCUACAGCGGUAUGAACGGCCCAUUUACGAUGAAAUCAACGGACGAGGGCCCGGUGGAUGGUACGACAUGCUGGUUCGAUCUCCGGCAAUGUUCUCGAAGGAGCAAUUUGCAGUCUUCAAGGCCGUACAUCAAUGGAGAGACCAAGUUGCUCGUCAAAAUGAUGACAGCACCAACUAUAUUAUGCCGAAACACGUUCUGCUGAAUAUCGCCAAGGCAAUGCCGAUGGAGGUCCCUGCGCUUCUCAAUGUUGCGCAGCCCAUUUCGCAACCUGUCCGCCUUCGGAUCAGUGAGUUGCUUGGCGUCAUCAAGCAAGCUAAAGCAGCCGGCGCCAACGGACCUGACAUGAUGCAAGUCCUGCAGCCACAGCAACCAGCAUCACAGGGCGGAGAAGCGCCAGAAGAUGGCAAGUCCGUUAACACGUUUGGGGGAGAAACUGCAUUAUCGGAAAGGAAGCUUCCCGCGACGCCAUUCCCAAUCAAGAGCGACAGCUCGACUUUCUGGGGCGAAACCUUUGGCAGUAGCGUGUGGCAGGUUAACGUGACACCCGGAAAUGUCAUCGAGGACUUAAGGCUCGCAUUGCCUUUGCCUGAACUCACGGCUGAGAUAUUCGCUAAUCCCUCAGAUUUUGCUGCUUCGCGUCCUAACAAGGAAGGAGUAGACCCUGGCGCUCGAGCUGAGCACGAGUACAUCAAAGAUCGGAAACCACAAGCCUCUGAAGACAGUAAUAUAUUUGUUGUCAAGCAGCUUGGAGGUGGUCGGAAGAGAAAAUUCGAAGAUGAGGAGACACAUGUCCCAACUUCUGGACCGACCUCCGACACAAGCGAGGCGGAUGUUGGCACGCAAGAAAAGGAAGAAGAGAAUGCAGAAGAGGAGGAGGAGGAGAUAAGGCUCCCUACGGAAGAAGACGAAAUCAAGCGCAGAGCCCAAGAAAAAGCGGCACGCAAGGCGGAGAAGAAAGCCAAGAAGAAAGAGGAAAAGGAACUUGCCAAGCAGCAGGCUCAAGCAGCGCAAGAUGCGGAAAUGGAGGCCGAGCCAUUCGAUUACAGCAAGGCGGAAUCAGUUCUCCAUGCUAAUCCUCAAGGCAAGGGUGCAAUUGAUAAAAGCAAGCGGUUCAAUCCUUACGCCAAGGCGGCUAAUGCACCCAAGGGGAUGCGCAAGGUUCAGAAAGAGAAGUCUGGCAAAAGCUUUACCUUUCGGAAAUGA